AUGGUUUCUAAAAAAUUUGAAGCUUGUUGUAUUAUUUAUAAUGUUAGGGAAAAAUGUGAAACAGCUGGUGGUUUACUUUCACUACAAAAAUAUCUUAUUUCUCAAAUUUCAAAAGAAACAAAUUUGAAUAUAGAAGAUGUUUAUGAAGGAGUUCACAUGAUCAAGAAAAGGUUAAGUUAUAAAAGGAUUCUUCUUGUUCUUGAUGAUGUAGAUGAAUCAAACAAGUUAAAAAUGUUAGUUAGGAAGAGUAAUUGGUUUGGUCCGGACAAUAUAAUUAUCAUAACAACAAGAAAUAAGCAAUUGUUAAAGGAAUUUCCAGUAGAUGAAAUAUAUGAAGUUAAAUCAUUGAACUAUAAAGAUGCCCUUCGUCUUUUUUGUUCGAAUGCUUUUAAAAGAGAACCCAUCCCAAAUGAAUAUUUAGAACUGUCCAAAGAUUUUUUAGAAUAUGCUGGUGGUCUUCCUUUAGCUCUUGAAGUUUUGGGUUCUUCUUUGUUUGGAAAAAGUAUCGAUGAAUGGAAAAAUGCAUUAGAGAUGCUUAAAGAACUAAAAGUAAGUUAUGAUGGACUCCAAGAGUCCGUGCAAGAAAUAUUCAAAGAUAUUGCAUGCUUCUUUAAUCAUGAGGAUAGAGAUCAUGUAGUAAAAAUGCUAAAUGAACUUGGCCGAUAUCCCCUUAUUGGAUCGAGCAAUCUCAUUGACAAAUCUCUCUUGACAAUUUCUGAAAAUAAUGUAUUGUGGAUGCAUGAUUUAGUAAGAGAUAUGUGUAGAAACAUAGUUUAUCAGGAGUCCCCUAAUGAGCCUGGGAAGCGAAGUAGAAUGUGGGAUCAUAAGGACAUUAAUCAUGUGUUGAAAAAAAAUACGGGAAUAGAAGAAGUUCAAGCCAUAGAUUUCAGGGAAGCCAAGGAUACAAGUAUUUAUCAUGAAGAAAAAGAGGCUUGUUGGGGGUGGGUUCUAAGUGCUCUGCCUUGGGAAGGGCUUGCUCUAUUGGUUACUCUUCGGGAAUGGAUCCAAAGGACUCUAUCUUCGCGAGAUGAGCUUGUUGAACUUCGUUUGCCAUGUAGCAAAAUUGAACUACUUUGGAGAGGAAUGAAGAUUUUUGAAAAUUUAAAGUCCAUCAAUAUGGAUGGCUCCUCAAACUUGAUUAUUGCCCCUAAUUUCAAUGGAGUCCCAAAUCUUGAGGAAUUAGUUCUUGCAAGGUGUUCAAAUUUACGCAAGCUUCACCCAUCCAUUGGAAAACUGAAAAAGCUUAAACUUCUUGAUCUACAAAAGUGCCCAAAACUAACUAGUGUUCCAGACAAGUUUGAAAUGGAGUCUCUUGUGACUCUUAAUCUGACUUAUUGCUUAAAAGUCAAGAAAAUUCUUGAAUUUGUGGGAAACAUGAAGCUCUUACAUAAACUUCUUUUAGAAGGCACUAUUAUUAUAGAAUUACCUUCAUCAAUUGAAUGUUUGACUGGCCUUAAUAUUUUGAUCUUGCGAGAUUGCAAAAAUUUAAUAUGUCUUCCUAACACCAUUUGUAGCUUGACAUCGCUUAACAAUAUUGAUCUUGGGAGAUGCUCAAAAUUUGACAAAUUGCCUGAGGACUUAGGGAAUAUCACAAGUCUAAAGAAGCUUGAUUUGAGUGAAACAGCUAUAGAGGAGCUGCCUUCAUCAGUUGAAUUUUUUAUUGGCCUUACUUUAUUGAAUCUAAACUUUUGCAAAAAUUGUGUGCUUCUUCCAAGCACCAUUUGUAGCUUGAAGUCACUAGAAAGCAUUUAUCUUUGGAGAUGCUCAAAAUUUGACAAAUUGCCACGAGACUUGGGGAAUAUCACAAGUCUAAAGGAGCUUGGUUUGAGUAGAACAGCUAUAAAAGAGCUGCCUUCAUCAAUUGAAUUUUUGAUUGGCCUUACUUCAUUGGAUCUAACAGAUUGCAAAAAUUUUGUGCUUCUUCCAAGCACCGUUUGUAAUUUGAAGUCACUAGAGAUAAUGUGUCUUUUUAGAUGCCCAAAAUUUGUCAACUUGCCAGAGAAUUUUGGGAAUCCCAAACAUCUGGAAUUGCUUAAUUUUGAAGGAACAGCAAUAGAAGUGUUGCCAUCUGUUCGACGUUUGGCUGCCCUUAAGAUUUUAAUCCUAAAAGAUUGUAAAAAUCUUGUGUGUCUUCCAAGCACCAUUUGUAAUUUGAAGAGGGUACAGUAUCUUGAUCUUACUGGAUGCUCAAAAAUUGCGAACUUGCUGGAGAACUUGGGGAAUAUGGAAAGCCUAACCCAUCUUCUUUUGGGUGGAACUGCUAUAAAAGAGUUACCUUUCUCUACCAUUCACCUUAAAUGGGUCUAUAUAGUAUCUUUCAAGGUAUGUCAAUUGUCAUCAUCUUCAUUCACUUCUAUGCCUACGAUCACCUCAGCCGGGUUGAUAGAUCUCAGUGACUGCAACCUUUCGGCAAUUCCAAGUGGUAUUGUCCGCAUCCUUUCGGCAAUUCCAAGCGGUAUUGACUGCAGAACGGGGAUUUUGUGUGAUUUAUCUCUAAGGGGAAAUGAUUUCGUUUUCCUUCCUGGAAGCAUCUCUCAAUUAUCUGGACUAAAACGUCUUUACUUGGAUGGUUGCAAAAGCCUUCGAUCAUUAUCAAAUAUUCGGAUUCCGUCAAAAGUUGAUCUUAUAUGCGUAAACAAUUGUACCUCACUGGAGAGACUGCCAGAACGCCCAGAACCACCAAAUGAUUUCUACUGGCUAUCAUCUGCAUUUUAUAAUAAGGAAUUCACUGUCCAGUGUUUCAACUGCUUCAAAUUGGCUUACAAUAUUCAAAACUUCAGUAACAUGUUUCAGUGUGUCCAAGAGCAAUUUCCGCCUUCCGAAAACUCCUGGCUGCUCUAUUGAUAAGAAGGGAUUCCAUCAAGAUCAAGUUGAGCUUGAAAUAGUGACCGGGGGCUUUUUGGAGGUGGAGAAAAUUGGGUUUCGUGUGAUAUAAAAGCAAGACAUUGAAGAUCCCAAUUGAGAUGUGAAAUGGAGUAUGAUGACACUUUCUUCAGUUGGUGAUGAAAUCUAGGGUUUGAAGAUCCCCAUCAAAAUAAGCGAAGCCCAUGAUGAGGAUGAUGGGGAAUUCUUUUCUUCACUUCUUUUACCUGCUUGUGCAAUUUGCUACAGGAAUAGAGAAUAUAUGAGACACAAUCCCUUUCCCUCAGACGCCUGGUUCAGCUGAAUUUUAAUGGAAGGCUACCAAAAAAGAAAAAAGAAAAAAAGAAGGGGAUUAAUGGAGUUGGCCCCAAUCGGUUGGGACCAAUGCUUGGAUUAUCUUCUGGUCAGUGUUGCCUAAUCUGAAAAAUGUUGAUAAUUGUGAAGUGAUCAUAUAUUUAUUUGGAAGUUAUAAAUAAAAAUUGUAUUUUUGUAUGACAUUCAUCUGAAACUCAUUGAGUUCUUGUGUGUCAUAAUAUCAUUUCUUUGUUUUCAAAUCUUUUGCAUCACUGAAUAAUUACUUGAAUGCUUCUUAUUCUUUUCUUAGGAUUUACUUUCAAUUUGUUGUGGAUGCAGAAAUGCAUCAAUUCUUUGAAAACAAGAGAAUCGAUCUCUUUGAAGGGGGCACCAAAGAAUAUAAAUAAUGCCUUGCUACAUCUUUUUCACCAAUGUGCUAGUUUUCACUGAUGUGUCUACUACUCUUGUCAGCCUUUCAUGCUAAAAUUAGAGUUAAUUAUGAGUUUAUAUUUUCAUACAACCUUAUGGCUCAUGCAUUUUUGUUGUAAUGCUUGGAUGAUUAAGGAUACUUGAUAAACACACGUCUAUUUGGUUGUGGAUUUGUCAAGGAAUUUUGUCUAAUAGAAAAUAUUAUAGUAGUUUCUGUAUAUAAUGAAAAGAUACCAGAUUCAUAUACAUCCCAGUGAAGUUGGUUUGGGUAGCUACUUUAGUGAUUGAGUUUGAUGUAAUGCAUAUUACAGAUGAAGUUACCGUGGAUGGCUGCUGUCUGUUGGCG